CCCCACCACAAAGCAUCUCGGCGGGGGAAGUCAUUUGCUUCAUAUGCAAACAGCAACAGCAAACAUCAUCUUUCGUCUAACCAUCACCACUGCAUUCCCCUCACCCUUCUUCAGCUUUCUCUCAAGCUCCAUUAUAUACUCAACCAGGUACACACAAAAAUAAUAAACCAUGGCACCCAAGAACAAAGGCGGCGACAAGAAGGGCAAGGAUGGCGGAGACAGCAACAGCAAAGGCGGCGGAAAGGGUCUCAAGCCUGCGAAUGCUAUUAACGUGAGACAUAUUCUUUGCGAGAAAUUCUCCAAAAAGGAAGAAGCCCUAGAGAAGUUGCGCAACGGAGCCAAGUUUGACGAAGUCGCAAGGGAGUUUUCGGAGGAUAAGGCUCGGCAGGGCGGUUCCCUUGGCUGGAAGACCCGGGGCAGUCUGGAUGCGACGUUUGAGAAGGCGGCGUAUGAUCUGGAGCCGAGUACGACGGGAAACCCCAAGUACGUGGAUGUGAAGACUGGGUUUGGGUACCAUAUUAUUAUGGUUGAGGGGAGGAAGUAAACUACUAUCAUACUACUAGUAUCUGUUUUUAUCUAGUCAUGUUAGGGCUAGGUUAGGAUUGGUAUGGAUAUUGCAUGAAGAAAUGAGUUGAUCAAUCAAUCUAUGAGAUCGGAUCAGGUCUAAUAAUGAAACUAUAUGUACAUAUGCAGAGAAGUAAUACAAAUCUAUCAGGAG